AUGUCAAUCAGAUAUAUUGGGUGGAUAUGUGGGCAGGUGUUGAAGAACUUUUCUGGAAGAAGUGAGGGGAUCCAGAGAAUAACCAUGGACCUGGUAGAUGAGCUUAAAGAUGACAUUUCUAACAUCCCAAGAGUAUCACAGUCUAAUCAGAAAAGAGAAACCAUGAAAAAACCAUCUAAAGACAAAAUGGCCAUUACUUUAGCCAAGAUCAACCGAGGAGCAUUAAUUCAAGGAUUGAACAGCAUAUCCAGAUCCUCCCAUUCAAUGGCCAAACUCCUGCAGCCUCAGCUUACUUGUAGACUUUUAGAGCUAAGGGGCAUAUCUCACCGCCUGCUGAGGGCAGUGAAUGCACCAAAGCAGCCCCUAUAUAACAUGCAGAUCAGAAAGGGUUCUUUGUUUGAUAUCAUUUCCUUUCCAGCAAAGACUGCUUUAACUAGCAUAAUGUAUGCUUCAUAUGCAGCACUAAUUUACUUGACAGUCUGUGUUAAUGCUGUUCUGGAGAAGGUAAAGAAAAUUUUCCAAGAAGAAGAAUCCAUAAGGCAAAACAAAGAGGAGAGCAAACAUCUUAGAAAAGCCUUUUCUGAGCCUGCACUUUCUGAACCUAUGUUUCCCAAAGAUGAAAUCAAAGCGAAAACUUAUUUUUCAUUACUGGAUCAGCCAAACAAUAUUUCUGAUUUACCUGAUGAUAUGCUGAGUAAUAAGAUACAGGUUUUACAUUCUGUGUUUGACGAGUCAACUGAAAUAAAUGAAUAA